AUGCCACCUCAACAAAGCAACAGCAUGACUAAACAACAGAAGAUCACUGCUGGCAUUGAGAAGCUCAAGGCAGCACGUGCUGAAGCUGCUGAGAAGAAGGCCCGCAAUGCUGCAAACCCUCUUGUAAAGGCUAACGCAUCCACCGCCCCAACUUCUGUGAAUCAAGCUCUCAAAUCGAGCACUUCAAAUUCCAUCUUAUCCCUUCCUCGUAUGAAAAAGCGUCCAGGCAAAUCAAUGACCGAGGUUGCUGAGCAGAAAGCCACCGAGGAAGCUGCCGCCGUAGCCAAAAUUAAGCGCAAGAUGGCAGAGAAGGAAGACGGAGAGAUCGAUAGCGACGAAGAAGAUAUAGUUUACAAAGGCCGCAUGAGCAGCGGUAAUCAAAAUAGGAAGUCUUGUCUCGUCAAUAAUGUACACAACAAGAUCAAGGCUUCAGUCCCAGAUUCUGGCCAUGCGCCAUCAAACAACAAAGACCAAAAGACUUUUGGACGCAAUGAAAUCAAAAAUGGGGCUAAGAACACCACCAAGUUCAAGCCCGAUAUCCCAAAGCUUCCUCCCAGAGUUCAACAGACCCAGUACCUCAAGAAUUCUGAAGAGAACAAGCAAUCUCCAGUCAAGCGCAAGUAUUUCGAUACAGACUCUAGUGAUUCUGAAGAAGAAAUCGCUCAGCCUGCCAAGAAGCCAAAGACCACCAAGGCAGGCAUGAACUUUGAAAAUCGUUCUACUAAGCGCAAGCAUACUGAGGAGGUAGAAAGAAGUGGUCCUGUAAAGAAACAGAAGAUCACUGAACCAAUCAACAAAACUGUUGCUGCUCCUGCAAAGCGCGCCCCUAUCAAGGAAACAAAGUUUCGAAACAACCCCACCAAAAAUGCGUUUGGUUUUGGUGGUUCCAAGUCUACCAAGAAGCCAACAGCAAAGAAGGGUUCCGUGCAGCCUAGGUCGGUUUCCCAGACAGUGAACGAAAAUGGCGAGAAAUCUACAGAAAAUUUCUUGAAAUCUGUUUCCGCGCAAGUUAAACCAAAAGUUGUCGCAUCGCAGAGCGAGUCGGUUGCUUCGUCGACAAGAGAAGCAUCGAAACUUCGGUAUCUUCCCAACGUUUCCAUGGAGAAGCUUUUUGGUGAAGCACCAAGUUUGACAGCUCAACCAAUCAAGAGCCCACGACCAGCCCUCAAUAACAUUUCCAUGGAGGAACUUUUCGGUGAAGCACCCAAUGUCGCAGCCCAACCCAUCCAGAUCCCACGAUCAGCAUUUGAUAAAGUCCCUGUCAAGACUAAAUCUAGUCGUCGUGGCCCAGCUCCUGCUCCAAAAGUCAAAGCUACAAAAGCUCCCGCAUCAUCAGGAUCUAUGCCUACCAUGGCAUCAACUCAAGUGACACAACCUAGUCGCCGUAUAGUUGCUCCUGCUCCCAAUGUCGAAGUCGCAAAACCACCUGCUUCGAUUCAGAACACAUCUUCAGCCUCUAUUAGCACUUCUAAUAAGACUCAAUCUAGUCGCCGUGGCGUUACUCCUGCUUCCAAGGAUGAAGUUACCAAAAAAAACCCUUCUUCAAUCCCAUUACCCACCUCUUCAUCAAGUGAAGGAAAACAACUUAAUAGUCAUCGCGUCGUUCCAGCUCCUCAAGUUGAACUCAAGAAGCCAUCUGUUUCGUCGAAACCAUUGAGCACCAAGACAUCAACAAAAGAGGCUAGCAGAUCUACAACAUCCAGUAUUGCACAAUCAACUUCCGUCCCAAGAAAGGUGAUCAAGAAAGGAAACAAAAUUGAAGGAGUGGUGCUCACACCUAGAUCUCCAUUUGUUGACAAAGUGGAAAACACUAAAGACAGCAUGGAAGACAGAUCUGAGCUAGAGAAAGUGGAGAUCCCACAACAGCCAAAGCUUGUGGCUGUAAUUAAUUCGUCUCUUCCAGCAGCUUUGAACAUCGAGGCUGAGGUGGUACCAAAGACCAGACAUAAUGAAGAUAUUAUUAGCCUCGCUCCCAAGGUUGGGUCUUCAAGCCAAGCACAACGACCAAUGCCACAGUUUCUCGGAUUUCCUGGACUCCCAGUUACAAAUUCGGACAAUGGGUCUGUUUUGAAUGACUUCUUUAAAUUCGAAAAUGCCAAGGGAACUUUCAAGACUAUUACUCCGGACAUAGAGCUCUCUGACACAGCGGAAGAUAUAGACGCCAUGGCACUUGAGCUCGAGCGCGAUAUGCAAAUCGAACUUCAAAAUUCCUUCCAUGCUGAGCAAUUGCGAUCAGCUCUCGAAGCUAUGAUUGUCCUUCGAGCUGAAAAUGGCGAAUCAUCUGAUCAAGAUUCAUCAAAUGACAAUAGCGAUGAAUAUUCUUCAGGAGAUGAAUCUGAUGAAGAGCAAUGCGAAGUUCCUCAGAAGGUCUCUAAGCCAACUGUCUUGUACAAGGGAUAUAAUGGUGUCUUACAAGAUGAACCAUUCUAUGCUAGGGAUCGAGGUUAUGAGAGUAAUAUGUCAGAUGCCGAUGAAGACAAGGACGAAUAUUACCCACCAUAUCACCUUGAUCUCGCCUAUAGGUACGCUCACCCGUGUUGGGGAAACUAUGUCUUCAAUAUACCGACCACUCGCAAACCUAUCUCUAGUGAGCCAGCCGUUCCCAAAUCUGUCCUUGAUAAGUUGGAGGCCGAAAUGGAACGUUGUCUUGAAGCUCAAAUGGCUGAGGAUGCAGCUGCUGAAGAAGAGUCUUCACCACCGGUCAUUCCUCGCUCUGCCUUCGAUAAUUUCGAAGCAGAAGAUGAUUCUUCCUCUGCUGAGAGACAUCAACAGGAUUACUCGGUGGAAAUCGCAUCAGCCCCUACUGAGUCUUCAGUGUUUUCUCUAAAGAGUUCCACCGAUUUUGAGGGUGAUUUUCAUGGGGUCUCCUUCGGGUUCAAUGAUGCUUCAGGUCAGGAGUCUAGACUAACAGAAGAGGAUCCAUUUUCCCUGCUAGACACAUCAUUCACUUUCUCAAACGAAACGGGAAUGCCAGAAGAACAAUCUUUGUCCUCUGAAGAUGAUGAUUCUGAUUCUACCAAAGAAUCCAGCGAAAGACAAGAAGAGGAAACCCCUCGGUCCGAAUCACCCGAGGUAAGCACUGGGCCAUAUGUUAGUCUAGACGGCUGUGUCGGCUUGCCUCCACUUGAAGGAUCUCCUGACGAGUCUGAAGACUCUAAUGACUGCGAUGAAUAUAGCGACUCCGAUAUUGGAGAUUCAGAGAUGUCAGAAAGUGAUGAAUUCGAGAUCAUCACUAUAGAUGACACCACACCAGAAGAGUCCGAUGAAGAUGACGAUCUCGAAGACUUAGACAAAGAUGAAGACGCAGAGCUUUAUCGAAAGCACAGGGUCCCGGCAGACCUCGCAAAUGUCGAUAUCACAAUGGGGCCAACAGAAUUGCAAUUACUGAAGGCGAAGACGUCAUGGGAAUUGUUCGAUCUUCAAAAGUGGGAGGAGGAGAAUGAAGUCGAAGUCUAUGCAACAUUCGACCGCGAGCUUCUCCUUCGCAACUUGAACGUAUCGAAGAAACGUAUUGCCAAGUAUAUGAAGGUGGUGAAAAAAUACGAGAAUCGCACGGUCCCAAAAGCUGAGGCUGUGAUGGAGGACGAAAGUAGUGAUGAUUCGGGCGACGAAGAUUGGUGUCAUCCCACCAAGCUUAAUAUACCUCAAAAUAUUGAAAUCAUCGACGUCCCAGAGAACGCCCCUGUCGUCGAAACUGAUACCUACGUUGACAGUAAUGUCCAUCCUUUCGGACCCAUCGAUUGGUAG